AUGCCCGACAUCGAUAGAGUGUUCGCCGAAAUGAAGGGACAAUCUGGGGAGGACUAUACGGGCUCUAUGCGACAGUUCCGGAGCCUGGUGAACUCGUCUCCAGAGACGCUGUACAAUGAUUUUUCCUCCGCAGGAAGUGCAGCACACAGUGUAUCGGAUUUUCAACCAUCUCGAAGAAACCACGGUCUUGUUAGAACGAGGUCAGACCCAUUUAAACCGAAUACUACUACCAUAGCUCCCCGAACUCAACCUGAGACCCCCUAUUCUCAGCACAUGGGGAUUCGAUGGGCUCCGUUGAAUAUAAGUCUUAAACGACGGCUCCAGACGCUUGUUGUUCUUCUUCAUACCAUCUCCAUUGCCUUUUGCCUGAUGUCGUUUUUCUUCUGCUGCGCCAUCCCGCUCUUCUGGCCUAUCCUAUUCCCGUACGUGAUAUACAUAUCGUUGUUCUCCAAGGCCGCGACGGAUGGAAACCUUUCCAGAAGAAACAACUUCAUUCGAUCUCUUUCCAUCUGGAAACUGUUCGGAUCGUAUUUUCCAGCUCGCCUUCAUCGAACAGUGCCUCUGCCACCAACCCGAAAAUACAUCUUCGGUUACCACCCGCAUGGAAUCAUCUCCCACGGGGCGUUCGUAGCCUUCGCUACCGAAGGUCUGGGCUUUUCGAGGCUCUUUCCCGGAAUCACAAACACAUUGCUUACUCUGGAUUCCAAUUUCCGCCUUCCAUUCUACCGUGACUGGGCGUUGGCAAUGGGCUUAGGCAGUGUGUCUCGGGAAUCUUGUGAGAACAUCCUUUCAAAGGGCGGAAUGAACAGAGAAGGCAUGGGCCGUGCAAUCACCAUCGUAAUAGGCGGCGCGCGAGAGUCUCUAGAUGCCCAACCACAUACCCUUCGACUGAUCCUUCGUCGACGAAAAGGAUUCGUGAAACUUGCUAUCCGUACAGGUGCAGACCUCGUUCCUGUCCUUGCAUUUGGUGAGAAUGAGCUGUACGAGCAGGUAAACUCUGAUCAGCACCCGCUCAUCCAUAGAUUCCAGAUGCUCGUGAAGAGUUCUAUGGGAUUCACUAUCCCACUUUUCCAUGCGAGAGGGGUCUUCAAUUAUGAUGUUGGCUUAAUGCCAUAUCGAAGACCGUUGAACAUCGUUGUCGGUAGACCCAUUCCAGUUAUCCAGCAGAGUGACAGGAGCAAGAUGGAUGAUGCAUACAUUGAUGAGCUGCAUGAGAAAUAUAUUCAAGAACUGGAGAAGAUGUGGGAGGAGUGGAAGGACACUUUUGCUCCAAACCGUAUCUCAGAGCUUGAGAUCGCUUCCUAA